AUGGCGAAGAGCGUCACUCCCGUUGCUCCAACUCGGAGGCACCGAUCAAAAUCAGCUCCAAGAGGUGUAAGUCCAGAUCCUAAGGCACUGCGCAAGGCCUCUGAGAAAAAGGCUCAGCCACGGCGGCUGCAGGAUGUGGAUCUCUACACAACACCCCCGCCCAGGACCUCUAAACGUUCGACCUCUACUGGAUCCAAGGACAGCGUGAGGCAACGGAUCAGCUUCGGUGAGAACACCAUCCAUGACAUUGAAGCUGAGAACAAGUCAAAGCAGCCGUCUAAGGGUAAAGUCAAGUCCAUGGGUGACAAGGAAGCUGAAAAGAUCUUUGAAGCUUUGAAGGACCAGUCUUAUGGUGAAGACAAGGUGGAGGCCAGGCGGAAAUGGUGGUCAAGAUUUGAGAGACCAGGUAUGUUUACCAAAGCUCCUGGGAUCCCCAGAGCACUCAUGCUGAAAUUGAAAAGGUCUAGACGAAUCAGCAAAAAAACAAUCCGCCAAAUGCAGAAUUGGUGGAAAUCUCGUUUGUCCAAAAUGCAGGAAGAAAAGAAUGGCGAAGACUCUGAGGAUGAAGGGAAAGAUGAUGAGUCUGAGAACGAGGAACCAGAAGACGAAGCUGCAUCAUCUGCCUCUGAGGCUGAUGACAAGGAGGAGGAAGAGGAUGAGCAAGACGAAGAUGAGGAGAGCGAGACCGCAGAAGAGGAGGAGGAAGAAGAGAAACCAAAGAAGACUGCAAAGAAGACUGGAAAGAAGGAGCCAAAAGAAUCAGGGAAAGCAAAGACACUUGCAAAGGUUGAAAAGAAGACGGAGAAGGAGUCAGCGAAGGGCAAAGAUAAGAAGUCGGAGACAAAAGGAAAGAAGAAGGAAGAAAAGGAGAAGGUCAAGGUGAAUGGAAUCUUGAAGAAGAACAGUCCACCACCAUCAGAGCCAAGUGAUGGUGGGAGUGCUGAUGAAAGCGGAGAAGACAAGAAAGGAAAAAGCAAUUCCAAAGCCAAGAGAAGUUCCAAAACCAAGGAGAAGGAGCGCAAGGACAAGGCAGCUUCAAAAGAGAAGGCAGUGAAAGCGAGCGAAGCAGCAGAUGGGAAGAGAAAGAAGAAUACAAAAGGCAGUGACUCUGAAGCUCCUGGCAAGAAGAAGAAAAGCGAUGAAGAUGAUGGCAAGCCCUUGAAAGAGGCCGAAGAAGGUCUGGUCAACUCCACCAGCAAUAGGAAGGAAUGGCAGCAAUUCACACGCUGGGUGCGCAACAAGAAGCGUUGCCCUGCCAAGAUCGAUACACGGCAGCAGCUCUUCAAAGACUUCGUGGACACCGGGGACUUUGCUAAAGUGGAGGCAAGGUUUGAACAGAGGUUGGAGGAGACCCAGCGGACCUCUGUGAAGUAUGGGUUUCGUUCGGAAGAGACGGUGCCCGACCCCGAGCUCCCUGGGGAAGGCGAGCUCUUGUAUUUCGUUAUGGUGGAGAUGAACAUCGAGGACAUCAAGGAAUUGCGCCGCAUUACCCAGCUUGAAAUGGAGGGGACCUUGGACGCUGACGGGCUGAAAGCCUUCGUCGAAGCUGGAGGAUGCCUAGAUGGGAAACAGCAUUUGGCACUUGGCAAUAUGGUGGGUGCUGAUGGCAUGGCGAAGCUGGUUGUGAAAGCGAAGGACGCCUUGGAGAAGGCACAGACUUUGGUGAACAAGGUCGAGUCCAUCACAAAGGUCGCCAAGGGCCGCAUCGACUUGGCGAAGGCCCUGAUCAGAGCAUCCGAGAAAAAACCCAAGGCCAAGGCCGAGCCGAAGACUACGAGUGGUGCAGCUAAGGGCACUGAAGCUGCAGCUGCUUAG